GAGUAACUGUACACACAGUGUGUUUACUCUGUAUCCGGGAGUGUUUUUCAAGGAGGAGGGGGCAGUUUCUGACUGGGAGUUUUCCUUCUCCCAUCUCACAUAAUUCAGUAAAAUAAAUCAAAGUCAGAUGUUCUUUCUUGAGUGGCAAUCAGUUGGACUUGGAUUUUUUUUUUCUUCACUCUUCUUUAAACUGGUACAUCUGGGUGAGCUCAAGCGUGUAUAUCUUUGGCAUCUGGACCUGUCCAGCAAUAGAAGACAAACUGACUUAUUUUGGCUGCCUCUUUGGACCCAUUUAACUGGUACCCUUACUUUCCCAAGGGCUGAUGAGGAGGAAGAAAGCAAGUAUUAAAGGUAGUGUUUCCCCUAGGUAGUUUAAAGUCAGGUGAGAGAUAAUCACGGCCUUUGAAGCUGAUGACCUGAGGACCAUCAUUUGAUGACUUGAAGAUUAGCAGUUUGGAGGGGUCAUGUUUGAAAGAAAGAGGAUUACAUAAGGAGGAAAAGAUAAAGAAAGGAAGUUUGGUGGAAGGCUGUGCCAGAAAUCUUAGGAAGAUAAUAAAAAGUAAUUGAUGUGGCUUUAUAUUCUCUCAGCAGGAGGGUGAAAAUGAAAGCGGGCUGUAGCAUCGUGGAAAAGCCAGAAGGAGGUGGAGGGUAUCAGUUUCCUGAUUGGGCCUAUAAAACAGAGUCGUCCCCAGGCUCCCGGCAGAUCCAGCUGUGGCACUUCAUCCUGGAGCUGCUGCAGAAGGAAGAGUUCCGCCAUGUCAUCGCCUGGCAGCAGGGAGAGUACGGGGAGUUUGUCAUCAAGGAUCCAGACGAAGUGGCCCGCCUCUGGGGCCGCAGGAAGUGCAAACCACAGAUGAAUUAUGACAAGCUGAGCCGGGCCCUCAGAUACUAUUACAACAAGAGGAUCCUUCAUAAAACAAAAGGGAAAAGGUUUACUUAUAAAUUUAACUUUAACAAGCUGGUGACGCCCAACUACCCGUUCAUCAACAUUCGGUCAAGUGGUGUGGUUCCCCAGAGUGCACCACCAGUUCCAACAGCCUCUUCCCGGUUCCAUUUCCCUCCUCUGGACACUCAUUCUCCAACUAGUGACGUGCAGCCGGGGCGGUUCUCUGCCAGCUCCCUAACGGCUGGUCAGGAGUUGAGUAAUGGCGCUGACAGAAAGGCGGAGCUUUCGGAGCUGGAGGAUGGCUCAGCCGCUGACUGGCGCCGGGGUGUGGAUCUCAUGUCCUCCCGGAAUGCUGUUGGUGGAGGAGGGAUUGGCCAUCAGAAACGCAAGCCUGACAUCAUGCUUCCUCUGUUCAGUAGGCCAGGGAUCUACCCUGACCCCCAUAGUCCCUUUGCUGUCUCUCCAAUCCCUGGCCGAGGAGGUGUCCUUAAUGUUCCCAUUUCACCAGCCCUCUCCCUGACCCCCACCAUCUUCUCCUAUAGCCCUUCACCAGGCCUGAGCCCUUUCACCAGCAGCAGUUGCUUUUCCUUCAACCCUGAGGAAAUGAAACACUACCUUCAUUCUCAAGCCUGUUCUGUGUUCAACUACCAUCUGAGUCCCCGGACAUUUCCCCGUUACCCAGGGCUCAUGGUUCCACCACUGCAGUGCCAAAUGCAUCCUGAAGAGUCUACCCAGUUUUCUAUCAAGCUGCAGCCCCCGCCAGUUGGGCGCAAGAACCGGGAGAGGGUAGAGAGCAGGGAGGAGUCAGCACCUGUCACUGCUCCCACCAUGGCGCCUGUGCCCCCGAGAAUUAAGGUAGAGCCAACCUCUGUAAAGGAUCCUGAGAGUCUCAGGCAGUCACCCCAAGAGAAGGAGGAGCACUCUCAAGAGGGCACUGUGCCAAGCAGGACCAUAGAGGAGGAAAAAGGCACCAUCUUUGCCCGCCCAGAGGCACCACCUGUCUGGCCCUCUGUACCCAGUAGCACACCAAGUGAAGAACCCCUAGAAGUGACUGAAGACAGUGAAGAUAGGCCUAGCAAAGAGCCCAGUGCGCCUGAGAAGAAAGAAGAUGCCCUGAUGCCCCCCAAGCUUCGAUUGAAGCGGCGCUGGAAUGACGACCCUGAAGCCCGAGAGCUGAGAAAGGAUGGCAAGUUCCUCUGGAAUGGGUCGGGACCACAGGGCUUGGCGACGGCAGCUGCUGAUGCUUAGAAUUGCAAGUGGAUUGGGAGCUGUUUAUACUAUAAUCAUAUACAUGUAUUUAUGUAGCAAGAUUUCGGGGCUGGGGGGAGGGCAUUAGCUGGUUUGAUCAUUCUAGGAGCAUAGACUUGUAUUUUUAUGUUUUAGGAAUGGGAUUGGGCAUCUUCUGUUGUAAAUUAGGUGAGAUAUGAACACACUUUUUUUCCUGGUGAGGAGGACACAGGAAGGGUAUUGAACUGAAAGGAGAAAGGGCCUCUAUUUCCUAUUGAGGCGAAUACUUUCUGAACAAACUCCCAAAGGGCCAAGACACUGUUUGGUCCUAUGAUGUUCAGGUUCCAGACUUCUUUCUUUUCUACUGUAUUUAUAUAUAGGAAAGCCAUUAAUGAGUUUAUUUUGCUCUGAAAGUUACAUAUAAAGGGGAAAGGGCAUGGUUGGGGGGCGAAAGACCGUUAAUACUCAGUAUUUGCCUGA